AUGAAGCGAUUCUCGAAGCAAAUGCUUUAUACGAGGAACGACGAAGGAAAAACUGCUGAAGAAGAAAUAAAGUCGCUUCGAUAUACUUCUAGUGAAAGUUUUUCACAGUGUAAGCUAUUUCAAAUCAGAUUUUAUAAAUCUUACAUUGCAACAGUUAAUUCGGCGAUGGAUGAUAGACUUUUGGGCGAUAAUCCAACGAUUAGCGAGAAAGCGAAGAAGGAAACGGAAAAAAUUUCACCGAAAUGA